CACUGAAGAGGGCCCUCAGCGCAAGGGCAGAGUUUGAGAAGGACACUCGUCACAGCAUGCCUCUCCCUGCCGACGACACCGCUCCCUCUCUCGCUGCUGUGAAUGUAGCACACAGCGCUGUCGCCGGGUAGGGGGUCGAGGAGUAGGACUAGAACCAACAGAGAGGGCGGGCUGGGGAAUCAUUCUUCACCAUGGACGACUUCGAGUACAGCGUACAGAUGUCGGAGAAAGACUGGAAUAGCUUCUUCCAGGAGUGCGAGGAGUGUGAUCUCCUGCCACCGGUGCUCGCAGGGCUAGAUGACUCUGGGAUGAGCGACUUUGAUGAAUUUGGCCCACACAGGAGGUCCCGACAGGGCAGAGACACAGCUCAGUCUGGUGGAGACCUAAAUGAUGGACCUCUGCACGAGGAGAGUCUGUGCAUGGACAGGUACGGCCUAUGCAGUCCAGACUACGUGUUGUCGGGGAGUGAGGAUGAUAUGCACAUUGAUCGAUCUGUCAAUCGCUUUUUCGAGCAUUUGAGGAGUAUGGCUAAUAUUCCUGAGCAGUCUCAUAAGCCCCCCACUGCUAAUGGGAAUGCGAAGAGAACCCAGGGCACCAACAAGGUGGACUUUCCGCCAACCAAUGGCCUACCAAAGACGACACCUCUCGGAGCUAAGAACAACCAAAGUGCCCUAGGCUCAGGUGAUGUCAAGCCAAAGAGUAAGGCAGACUGUAGGUUUCCAGACGUUUCUUCUAAAGCCACGGCAGACUGGUACGCUCGUAGCAUGAUGUCAGCACUCAGGGAGGACUGGCCGGUCAAUCAGAAUAAAGAUACAGCCCAUAAUAAUAACAAGCUCUCCAAGGACACACUGCCGGCCCAGCGAAGGUCAUCUGACACUGGUCCAGUGCUGAGCUCAGCCUUGGCCGGAUGUAGAAACGGCCCAGAAGUAUUAUUGCGAGGGGAUGAAGCAUAUGGCCUGUCAGUACCCAGGAAGGCUUCAGAAUACCCAGAAGGGCAGUCUCCUUGCGUAACCCCACGUAGGAAGAAAAAGAGGAAGAAAAGGAUGAGCAUGGAGCCUGUGGAAGCAGGGCACAGCUACGAGGGCCAGUUCACAGGUGCUCUUACUGAUUCGGACGAGGAUAGACACUUGCGCAGAACAGAGUUAGAGAAGCCGCAAUGGGGGAGUUUGCCUGGGGAGUUUGGCACAGUUAAAAUGGCUGACAAAAGCAGCAGUGAUCCCAAGCGCCUGUCACUACACAACCCCGCUGUGAUUGAUAGCCUCUCAGAUCAGUUGCCAGUACAAGCAAACUCACGCACACGGAUUGACAGAGUCACAGGGCCAAGAGAGCUAUCUACAGCUGGAAACCAAGCUGACAGUAUUGACUUACCGAGAGCACUCCCGCAGGGCACCUACAAUUCUCAAACUGUGGGGAACACAGAACCACAGAGUCGCAGAAGCACAGACAUGUCCAAGGAAAGGUGCUUGGAGGCACCAUUAUCAUUAUUAUCACCACUGCAGAGGCUUAUGAAAGGAAAUAGCUGCAAACCUGACGAGUCACCUGUGUCAGCAAAUGUCAAAGACCAGACAGAGACCCCAACACACAUUUUCAAUAGCAGCGUGUCAACACACAGUGAUGGCGAUAAGGUGUUGGGUAACUCAACACAAACCAGCACUCAACUGUUGGAAGCACAGAAAUCCGAUCAGGUGCAGGGCUGUCAUUCAUCCGUUGAUCCUGAAGGAUCACAAAUUGUAAAUAGGCCAAAGACUGCAGCACACACGCCUCCAGGCAGUCAGAUAGGACAAACGGGACAACCUCUUUCACAAAAUGGAGUGCUUGAAGGUGAGGGAGGACACAGUCAUCCAUCAGCUUCACUAGCACAGAUAAACAACACUUCACCUCUAGACCCAGGAAAACCUUUUCCAAUGGGUGAUUCAUCAGUGACAGCUAAUGCACAAAAUGAUAUCAGACCCAAACUUGCAAACGGCCACAUUGCCACAGCUGUAGAUGCCCUGAAAUGUACACAGCUUGUAAAACUUUCCCACGAACCCCCAAACAAAGACUCUUCAGUCACCCUCAAUGGCAAUCUUCCACACACAGCCCCUUCUAAUGCUCGAGGAGCAAACCUGCAGACGUUACUAGACUUACUAGAUAGCAACAACAAGCCCAGUGCAUUGCCAGCACAUUUACAUGGCCCAGCAGCAGAAACAGCAGCGGUGGUAGCACUAACUGCCACAUGUCCCCCAGCUCUGGGCAAUGCAGCCCUUGACAAACAGAUGCAAAUCAGGGUGGAAAGUGCUGAGCUAGCAGAUCACGGCCGUGAUAACACCCGGAGCAAACAGAUCAUUGCAUAUCCUGCCGAAGCAGAUCCUAAAUGUACUCCUGCUGGUCCUCUCUGUUGUACCUCCCCCUCCUCCACAGAGGAAACAGACGCUAACAAACAUGACACACCUCCUCCUGUAACUCGUGAAAUGCAAAAUGGGCAACCCAAACAACUGUCUAAAGCUGAAACGGACUCAGGCAUUAUUAAUUCAUAUGGCAAGGGAUUAUGUGACUUGUCAAAGGCUAGUGACACUGAAAAAAAUGUUGCACUGGAAUCUAAUUGCACUGAUGAAUCACGCAAAACAGGUAGUGGUGCACAUGAUGAAAUGAGCGUUUUGACCAAGCCCACUACAGAAUACAGUGACACUGGCAACAGUCAGCUUCAGAGGUCAUCAGACACCUCAAAUGCUGUUGUAAAAGAACCCUGCAAAGCAGUUUCAGCACAGUCUUCCCAAAAUAAGGAAGCUGCCAAACCGGCAACAGAUGCAGCAGCCUCAAACGCUUCUCCGCACCUCCCUCCUGAGGAGGACAAGUUGGACACCAUACCCGAGAAGAAGGAUGCAGAUGCCGUGAGCAAUGACCCUCCCCCAGUCUUUGCCAUGUCCUCAUUCUGGAAUGAGAUGGAGAAGCUGACCAUCAACGACAUUCUGCGCUUGCGCAUGGUCGGCCACGCCCAACAUCCGAGCAUCCUGACCCCUCUGGCCGAGGACGACCUCAGCGAGGCCUCGCAUGCCAGGGACUCGGGUUACUUCACGCACGUGGACGACACCCGGCCAGAUCGAUCGUCCGGAGACAUGUCCACCAUGUCAGACUUUGACGAAGAGCAAGACCAAGAAGUUCCCAAGCAAGAGCUAGAACAGGAGGAGGUAUCAACUGACCCCUCCGCCAACAUCUUGUGGGUUAAUGAACCCGAUUCCCCCUCUGCGUUGGCUGAGACGGAGGAUGUCUUGUUAAUCAGCACAGACACGGCCAUACCUCAGUCACUCUAUGCAGAGCAGCAGUACUUCAGAAAGAUGUGUAAGAACAUCAGUAUGCAGAACCUCCGGGCCCUGGAGAACCAGCCCCUGCGGCAGAUACUGAGGAACGCCUCAGUCCAGUCGCUGCGGUCACUGGACGACGAUAGUGCAGCUGACCCUUUCUAUCACAUAGACACAUCUGCACAGUUUUCUGAUGACGAGUCCGUGGCGGAUGGCCAUGGUUUCUCCCUCUCAGAGAUGAUGGAGUAUUUGUUCUGUGGUGGUGAUGAUGAUGCCAUUUCUACUGUGUCAGAGACAGACAACUUGAUUGCAUCACACAUUAGUGGCACUUCUGUCCCCGAGACCUAUGAUGACUUUUACACAGAGUUUGAGACAAGCAGCCUCUUCUUCCCUGAGCAGUCCACUGGGUCAGACUCGAGCAAAUUAAUGCCCAUUUUCUCCUGUUCUCGUGCCUCUAGUCGCAACAGUAACUUCGGUAACGUCCAGUUCCCUGAAGCUUACGACUACUUCUUUCCCGACUCCCCUCCACAGUCAGACAAUGAGGAAGAGCGUGAGCACUCUCCCCCGAUUCGUGUCGUCUCACGGUAUCAGAACAAGACGUCAACUCUCUACAACACCAGCGAUAGUGCUGAUGGGGCCUUUUGGACCAGCCCUCUUUCCCUGCGUAAGGUGCGGCGCAAAAGCCUAACCGUCCCAACCUCCAACCAAAACAACAACUUCUCACUGGUUCCCGUGACCAGUGGCAGGAAAACAGGCAGGCGGCCGAUGCAGCCGUUCAGCGUGAUGGGGUUUGAGGACCAGGGCUCCUUCCCCGACCCCGUGCUGUGCGACCUGGAGAGCCGCAUCUUCAGGAAGCUGGCUGAGCAGCAGAUGCGUUGCCCGGAGACGACCGUCGUAGACCCCCGCGUGGAUGCCCCUCUGGUUCCCCUUAAGCAGUCCGACAUGUGUCUGGUCUGCAUUGCCUUCGCCUCCUGGGUCAUGAAGUCCGUCAGCCCUCAAGGUGCUGACACAUGGAAAGCUGUUCUGCUGGCCAACAUCAGUGCUCUGUCAGCUAUCCGAUACUUGAGGAGGUACAAGUACAUGAGGGACGAGGCGGCCGCGGCCGCGAUGGGAGCCAAGCCGUUGCCACAGAGCAGCCAGUCCUAGAGCAGAGCAGCCAUGUUCCACUGCCUCAUAUCGCAUCAUAUCAGGAGCGCCCACCACUCCUAUCCCAUCGCAGCCAGGCCGUACCAGGCUCCAGCUCACUACAGCUCCUCUACUACAUACCUACAGUCCACUGCUGCUCCUUUUCACAGCUUACUUUUACACUGACUCAUUUUUUUUGCAGAUUGUACACAAGGGCACUGCUAAUAACUUGGGCUCCUAUGAAAGAUUACAGAUUUAGCAAAGCAAUAUUAUUAUUUAUUACGAUAUAAUUAUUAUUAUAUCUACCUUAUUAUUAUAUUAUAUAUUGUUCAAAAGGCCUCCUGUCCGUGUUGGGUGUUAAAGGAACAGACCAGCCUUUUUAGAUUUUGACAUAUUUGCAGUAUUUCCCAGCAUUAUUCAUGAAUGUGCAUAUCAUUUUCUUCUCAGUGUUUUCAGUUCUUAGAUUUAUAGGAUCAGAAUUAUUAGCAUAGCUUAGCAUAAUCACUGGAAGUAAAUGGUAUCUUUAGCAUCAAGUCAAAGGUAAUCACUGGACGGAAUUAAAUUGCUGUUUUACACUGGGGAAUUUUACAUUAAUUUUAAAAUGGUUUAUAAGUAAAUUUGAUGAGGUUUCAUUUUGUACCAUAGACUUGCAUUACUAUGCCUAAUUUAGCUAUACUGUUAAACGGGGCAAUGCAAACACAUGGAUGAAAAUGAUAUGCACAUUCAUGAAUAAUGCUUGGAAAUACUGCAAAUAUGUGAAAAUCAAAAAAGGGUGGUCUGUUCCUUUAAGACUCUUCCUAAACCCAACCUGCACCCUCACAUACCAUUUAAGUAUAUUAUAUAUAACUACAUUGUCAUAUAUAAUUAUUAAUACAUAUUAUAUAUACCAUAUAUAUAUACACAUAUUGUUAGCAGCCUUCAUAGUGGACCCUCACGGUGAUGGGCCCUAAGAAUGAUCCUAAACCCAACCCAAGCCAUACCCACACAUACCCUUUAAGUGUGUAACAACAGUGUGUUGUGUAUAGUUGAUGUGGUAGGAGAUAUUACAGAUGUGUGUGCAUUUCACGUAUUGCACAUAUGUUGCAUACUGGACGUGGUGUGUAAAUUCAAGCACUGUUUGGACGUGACCUUGCAUUUUUGACUGAGGCCAGAAUGAUAGAUCUUAUUGCUGUUUGGGAGUUUCAGAGCCAUGAAAAGUAGUCAAAAUAUAACAUAUCUUUUUUUUUUAAAGAUUUUUUUUUGGUCUUUUUCGACUUGGUUGCGAAAUGACCCGGGCCGGGAAUGGCCUGGAAUCGGACUCAGGUCGGCUGCAUGGCAGAUGAGUGCCCUACCGGUUGGCCAUGGCAGGGCCAAAAUGUAACAUAUCUUAUAUGUGAGUCGGGUAAAGUGCAUUAGCAAAACUUGAAAAGACCAAAAUGCAUGUCCUUUUGAAAGAUGUAUAUUUUUGUGUUAAAUCAGGUAUGUAUUUGUACUUGAAGAAAGUUUUAGUAUGUGGUUAAAGAGAUGGAUGAACCGAAUGUGUCAAGAAGACAGCGACUGUGAUGUAUUGAGUUUGCUCAUUAAGCACUAAUGAAAGGAUAUGGCAUAUUCUCUGUUAGUUAUAGACAAUGAAGGACUAAAUGGACGUGAUGUCAUGCACUUUGUUACCUUUAUGAAAAUGCAACAUUUUCAGAGGGAAACUUGCACCUUAAUUUGAACCUUUGGUCUGUAGUAAAUUCAUUAGUUGCUGGUUGAUUUUUUUUGUUAUGUUGUGAGAAAAAAAAAGAUUAAAAACAUAUU